CGAGUGGGAAGAUAAGUCCCACGAGUCGGAUGAAGGAAGAGAACAGGGGCAAGGAAGUGGGACGCACAACGCUGUGAAACCGGGCGUAAGCGGCAAAUUUGCAGACGACGGGUUUUUGCGGCGACCCGUCUUCCAGAGCAUUGGAGUGAAGAAAAACGCCGCACGAAGCCUGCCAAGCACGUCAAAGAGGUGGAAGAGGCGUGAUAGAGUUGCUGCGCUUGAACGCCAUGGCAUCGACAGCACAGGUGUCGUCGCCAUCUCCAUAGAAAGGUUGCACCCGCUCGCCAGACAUCACUGCGCGGAGAUGGGAAGGACGAUGACGUCACUGCUGUUGAGGCCAUCCAGUAGCAGCGGCUGCGGUAUCUGUGCGAGGCAAAGCGGUACGGCCGGCGGGAAGAAUCGUAGUGCCCGCACGAAGAGCAGUUCCACGAGAAGUGACCGCAAUUGUUGUAGUGGGAAUAGGUGGCGUAGCGGACACAGAAAAUAACACAUUAGGGGGCGCCGCAAGCAAGGCAAGGUCAUCUAGUGCCCGGCAAUUUUGGCGUCUGCCUCGGGGCGGCUGCCCCUCCCUCAUUAGCAAGGGGAGCGGGCGGAAGGCGUGAGGCCUCGGUUCGACCUAUUGAACUCAACAUGGAUUGGGAUGAUGAGGAGUAUGCGCCACCUCCGCCAGGGGUCGGCGUUGUCAAGCCCGCGUCGGUAUGGGAUGACGAAGAUAAAGAGGACGACGACGUGAAGGAGUCGUGGGAAGAUGACGAACCCCCUAAACCAGCCGCUGAAGCUGCUGCUGCAGCGCCAGGGAAACCGGUGGGCAAAAAAGGGGUGCUGGACAAGAAAGGAAAGGAGCCUGUAAAAGCCACAGCGGUAAAGCUUGAUCCCAUAGCAGAGAAGUUGCGGCAGCAAAGGCUUGUCGAGGAGGCAGAUCUCAUGGUCUCGAAGGAUUUGUUCAAGCAGUCGGGGGAGGAAGAGAAGUCUCUUGACGAUUUUGUUCCAAAAUCGGAGGAUGAGUUCAAGGAGUAUGCGGCGCUGGUUGCUGCCAAGCUGACUCCUUUCGAUAAAAGCUUCCAUUACUUGACUAUGCUGAAGGCAAUUAUCCGCUUAGCAUCAGUUUCGCUGAAGGCAGCGGACACCAAGGAAUUGGGGGCUGCGCUGAGCGUGAUCACGAAUGAGAAAGUGAAGGCCGAAAAGGACAGUGCAGCGAAGAAGAAAGCAGGGCCAAAGAAGAAGCAGCUGCAUAUUGAAAAAGCAGACGAUGAUGAUUACAGACAUGGGGGCUACGUGGACAACGACGAUUACGACUUCAUGUAAAAGCGCGGGUUGUGGGAUCUUGGAAGGGUUGCCUGGCUCUUGCGAAGAUCCAGUAUUUUCGUUGUGGCACUUCUCCUUGCGUGCAUGGUGCAAAGCAAUUUUUUUUUCCUCCUAAACCCCUCGACAGACGCGCUUUGAAUGGGGUUCGAGGAGUGUCAAUGGUGGGUGGGAGCGCUCAAAACAAAUCCAGUCAGUUGUGUCUUGCGGUCGUUUUUCUGAAGAGGGGAGGGGGAGGGAGGGUGCGGGAGGUGGAGAAGGGGAGGGAGUCGUUUUCAUUUUCAUUUUGAUGGAAAAGAAAGAGGGUGACAAUGAAAUUCUAAAAGCUUGCGGCGUGGUUACGUAAUCGCUUUUCAGGAUGCAGACAUGUCUUGUUAUUCUGAAAAGUGAUGAGGCGUCAGGAGUGGGAUUCUCUAUGUGCUUUGUUAUUUGUCGAAUUUUUUUAUUCUUGCCGGUCUGCUCCGGUAUCUCAUGUGUGUGUCUCGGUGUCUGGAUGUGGAUCUAUGUCGAUGCCUCUCUGUGUCUGUGUGUGUGUGUGUGAGAGAGAGAGAGAGAGAGAGAGAGGAGGGGGGGGGGGUUCAGUGGAGUAGAUGGGAGACUGACCAGACAGUGCCUGUUUUAUGCUUUAAAACAUAAAUAAACUGGGUCCAUAUAAGUGUAAGCGUGCUGCUUGACAAUGAGACGUGUCUGGUGGUUAAGAGAGAACAUGGCUACGAGUAAGUACGGAAUGUGUACUCGAGACCUGACCUGGUUUUGGGCUCCUUAUUGAGCUCUAGGUUUUUGGCUUCUGAAUAUAUGCUUGGUCUGGCUGGUGUACUUGUUGUCCUCCUCUUGCCGUGUGACUUUUAUUGUGGGAACCGU